AUGUCGGCUGACUACUGGGCUCUGAGCCAACGCCUGAAAUGGCAGAUGACCCGCCACCAGCUCAUGGAGGCUCGGCGCAAAGUGCUCCUCCUCGAGAAGAAGAUGAUCCAGAACGGGCUCAUCAAGGACUACGCCAACGUCCACUACGACCUCAACAUGAGGAUCUACCUCCACACGUUAUUGGUGAGGCUCGGCCGGCGGCUCAACAUCCGCCAGGUGGCACUCGCCACCGCCGAAGUGUACUUGCUGAGGUUUUUGACCCGGGUGCUGGUGAAGGAGAUCAACGUCUAUCUAUUGGUGAUGACGUGUGUCUACGUGGCGUGCAAAGUGGAGGAGUGUCCCCAGCACAUUCGGCUUAUCUUGCUGGAGGCCCGCAAUUUGUGGCCAGAGUAUAUCCCCCACGAUGUCACCCGAUUAGCGGAGUUUGAGUUCUAUUUGGUGGAGGAAAUGGACUCCUACCUCUAUUUACACCACCCAUAUAACUCGUUGAUCCAGAUUCGGGAUUUCUUACACCAGAACACCGCCAUCUACAACUUCCGGCUUACCGACGACGAGCUCCAGAACGCGUGGUCGCUCAUCAAUGACAGCUACAUCACCGAUCUCCCGUUGUUCAUGCCGCCCCACAUUGUCGCCGCCGCUGCUAUCUACAUCACCUUUGUGCUUAAAAAGAAUAUGGCCCAAUUGCGAGGAGGCGGCACUAACCUCGGCCUGAAUGGCGCCAGCAGUGAUCUGACGGGGCUCACCGCAUCACUGAACCCUGGCGGUGGGGCGACGACAGUGCUGGGACCGCUGGCGGAGGCCAACAUGCACAUUGACGACCUUAUGACCCUUGUGAACCCCGGCGCCCAGGGCGGUGGGGGCAUGCUGGCGGCGAAAGACCUAAAUACGAUGAACGGCGACGACGAGAUCGUCAAGAUCAACCGGUUCAUGAACUUUUUGACCCACUCACACAUCAAUUUGGACGAGGUGGUCGAGGCGAUGCAGGACAUGGUCAAUUUGUACGUGAUGUGGAAUCGCUACAACGAGAACACGAUCAAGAAGGCGUUGCAGCUUAUGCUUUUGCAACGCUGA